AUGCUUAAAACUCAAAAAAAUACCACUGAAAGGAUUAAAAAUAUGUGUCCUCCAUCAUCAGGAGCUCUUCCAGCUAAUUUUCCUGGAAUACAAAAAGAAGCACUCAUAUAUUGUCAUCGCCCUCCUAAAUAUUUUGAUUUGCCAACAACUUUUUUCCAUCCAACUUUUAACAAAUUCCUUAAUCACUAUAAUGAUAAAACUCUCAAUAUACCUAAAAAAAUCUGUGAGGGUGUGUUCUAUUUUGUAGAAGAAAUGGCUGAAAUUUUUUCACAUGAAAAACCUCGUAAAAAAAUAUUACAUGAUUUCCUAAGAGACUGCCUUGAUUUAAAUCCUUUGGAGUUGAUCCUUGAUGAUGAUUCAAGCAAUGACGGUGUUGUAUUGUUGGUAGAAAAAUAUUUGGGUAUUGUAAUUGAAGUAAAGGCAGAAAUAGGCAGUGGAAAAUGUGAUCCUUACUUACAAGGAAGUUUAGAAUAUAGUAAAUUUUGGGCACAGGAUCAAUUUAAAGAUUUCAAAGAAAAUUGUAAUUGUCCAUCAUUUAUUAUAUGUUUAGCCGGUCCAUGGAUAUGUAUAGCUUCAGCCAUUUUUUUAGAUCGGAUAAUUAUAGAUCCAUUGACUGAUUUUAUUCCAUUACAACCAGCAUUUGAUAAUUAUGGUCUUGAUCGAAUUCUAGAACACAUUUCUAGAGGUGUAUACAAGGCAAAGAUUUCUAAAAAUGGUCUAGUUGUUAUUGUUAAAUUUUCUAGAAGGUACAAUGCUGAUGCUCACAAAUUGUGUGCUGCUAUGGGAUUUGCACCAAAAUUGUUACAUGUUGAUACAGAAAAGAUGCAAGAAUGGAUAAUUAUAAUAAUGGAGGCUGCAAUUGACCUUCUCCAUGAAAACAAUAUUGUGUUUGGUGAUUUCCGUUCAAAUAAUAUUUUAAUAUAUGAAAAGGUGCAACAAGUACAUGCUCUAUUAAUAGAUUUUGAUUGGUCUGGAGUUUCAGACAAAGACAGAUAUCCAUUUUUCAUGAAUUAUGAUAUAACUUGGCCAACUGGUGCUGGAGAUGGAGAAAUUUUAAGAAAAAAUCAUGAUGAAGAAUGGUAUAAACGAUUAGAAAAAUUAUUAGAAAAUGAUGCAAGUUAUGGUGAAUUUUUUGGAUUUAGUAAAGUGUUGUUUAGCAAUAUAUUUGACGGUGGAUUUGACAGUCCAAAAGUUAAAACGGGUUCCGGACAACCUUAUACAACAUCAGGGUUUCAUAUACAAACAACCUGUCCUUCUUGUAAUACAAAAAUAUCAUCCGGAAAUAGAUGUUCGACAUGUUCUGUUAUAGGUCAAGUAAAAGAAAAAAAACCUAUUACUAUUGAUAUUUCUGCUGGUGUUGAGGAUGGAACAAAAAUCAGAUUAAUUAGACAAAG